GGUUUUGAGAAUAUCGACUGAGCCUUUAGAAGAUAUACGUGUAUUCGUAAAAACAAGACUGAUUUGUGGAUCAGACAGUACAUUCAUAAAAGGCUAUGUCCCUGUUUGCACGACGAGCUUUGUGUGUGAUCUUGACUUUAUCAGGCGUGCUGUGUUCCAGGGCACCCUCAGACACCAAUACAGAGAACAGACGAGGUCACAGACAUGGGAGAAGUGCCAACUGUCACGAGAAGUAUCAGCAAUCAACAGACCACUCGGCCUGCCUCGUGAAGUCAAGCCAGGCCUUAAUUUCAGGGGUUUCUGCAGCAGAUCAAGUGGACAUCCUUAACCUUCACAACACCCUCAGAAACAACGUCAACCCUGCAGCCACUAAUAUGCUCAAGUUGUCUUGGGACAACACCGUGGCCAUGAUUGCCCAGCGCUUCGCGGACUCCUGUCGAGGCGGCCAUGACACCAUGGAGCAGAGAUCCAUACCAGGAUACUUGCGUGUGGGUCAGAACAUCGCCCUGCACUCCACGUCCUGGGCCCAGGCCUUUGCUGAAUGGUCAUCUGAGGAGCAGAGCUUCACGUUUGGGGGCAAUAACGAUCUUGGCACCAUCGGCCACUAUUCACAGCUGGUAUGGGCGGACACACAGACGGUCGGCUGUGGCUACGCUGACUGCGGCAAUGCUACAUACUACGUGUGCAACUACGGCCCUCCAGGAAACAUUGGUGAUUUCAACACACCCUACAAAAGUGGCGUCAGCAGCGAAUGCAGCGGUCAACAUCUCGACGGCAAACAAUGCGAUUGUGGCGUCGUAUGUUUAAACGGUGGCCAAGUGUUUCGAGAGAAUUGCACAUGCAAGUGUCAAGCAUACCCUUUCUACACCGGAAACAACUGUCAACUGGAAUGCAGCAAUGUCGAAACAGACCCCAACGACUGCAGUGGAACGUUUGCCAGCUUUCCUUGCACUGUCGUUGCCGUGAACUGUCCCAACAGGUGCAGCGUGUGCCCAUAUGGCGGCAUUCACUAUACCGGAAGUCCCAGUGGCAGCACCACCGACAGUCCAGAUGGGGGUGCCAGUGGAAGUAACAACAAACAAAUCCGUGCGAGUGGUGACGUCAUAUUAGCUGCUUGCAUGGUCAUUGUUACUCGAAUGGGACUCUUUCACUUGUGAUGUUAAAGGCCUGUGCAGUUUUUGAAAAAGAAUAAAAGCACACCCAUCUGAAGAUCGAAACUAUCCCUCUUGCCAACAUUUAUGUUCUCCAAGCACUACCCGGUGGACAUCGUAAAUGAUGUUACAUAAAACUAGAUUAAUACAUGUAGAAGACGAUAUCCAUAUGGAUUAUGUAGUUUCCGUAGUUGUUGGGGUCGGCCGAAUCAUGCAUGGCUGAAUCGAUUUAUCCUUUCAUGGUACAUAACCGUGCAUUGACGAUAUCGCAGUUUGGACGACU